AUUUUAUUGCAUAGAAUCCACAAAAACGUGAGUUAUACGAUAGGUUCGAAUUUUUAUUCGUUGUCAAAGUCGAGAAGGGUCUCUCUAUUUUGCCCACCUCUGUGAGCAUUGUGUAGUGUGGCCAACGGCCCAAAUCCCCUAAAGCCAAUAUGUCAUCAGAUGACAAAGAUAAAAAAUAUUCGUAAAGAAUUAAUUUUAAUGUUAUUAAUUACUCGAAGUUGAUUUUCUGCAAGCAGGACGAAUCAAAACCGCGCCUUUCCUUUACUUAACGAUGUAACUUCUGUGUUGUUAGCUCCUGAAAUUCGGAAAAGUGUCCCAGUUGUGUAAGGUUAAGUUGUGACAAUGUCGAACAAACAGCAAGAAACCCCCGGCGGUUCCAUGGACAACGUCCGAGUGAAGAUAUCCGAAAAGUACAAGCCCCCUCCACGGAUAGGCCUGGCAAUGUCCUACGCACAAAGACUCACUUUAAACAAGCAAAUCCAAGAUACGAUCCCGCAUUACGAGUUUGUUUUAGAAAAGACUGUAAUAGAGAAAAUGAAGGAGUGGAGGACCGCGCGAUCUGUGAUGUUCCAGCAGUUAAACGAGAGACUAGAGAAAGCGAGAGAGGAGAAAAAGCGGCAAGACGAGCAGACCGAUUAUCAGCUAGAAGAAGAGAUCGAAGUUUCAAGCCCUAGUCAAUGUUACCAACAAAACCAAUCAAUGUUAAUGCCUGUCAAAACCUACUCCACUGUCCUGACCCCCGUCUCGUCCGGGAGCCAGACGGACAAAAGUCCGUUCAAUAUCUCCGACUUCGAGGCGGACACUUCGAGCCCCUUCGACAACAUGGAGCUAAAGUCAAUCAAUGAUUUGGAAGAGCUAGCGCAAGUUUUAAAAGGAGAAGAAUCUAAACCCAACUACUCAACGCCCGCUUAUCCCAUGGUGGGCCCCAGCAACUACACCUACAACAUUCCCAGCUCCACCAGUUACGUCCCCACGUCGCAUUAUUCGAACCACAACGGCUACUACUACGCCCCCGAAACGAUACAAACCUACCCUUAUAGUUACACAAACCAAGGCGAAAAUAAGUACAGUUGUUCGCCCCAAGACUACAAAAGCAUACCCGAUAUUAUGAAGACGUUGCAAAACGAACUCGAUAAUACGCAUAUAGACAAUACACGGAGCAAAAGUACUGACGUUUUUCCUAAACGGAGCGACGACUUAACCGACGAAUUUACUUCUCUACCAAAGAAUAUGCAAGAUUUGUCCAAAUCGAUCAGCUCGAUGGGAUUCCCCCUGUCCAGGGUCGCCCGCGUUUGCAAAAUGCUGGGCAACGACCAAAAAAAGGUGGUGGAGCAUUUACUGGCAAUGUCCGAGUUGCUAGACUUAGGAUUCCCCGAAAGUAGAGUAUCGAAAGCCCUCCUUGAAUGCGAUAACGACAGAGAUAAAGCUUUGGACGUUCUCAUUUCGUAGCACCUUAUCACGUGGCUGUGCCGAUGUUAAUUUCAUAAUCAUGUUAUUUAUAAUUAUUUAUUUGUAAAUAUAUCAAUCGUGAGCUAAGACGAGGAUUCUGCAAUAAAACUUAUAUUGUGUAACGUUUAGUAGUUGUUUCUUUCAGUAUUUUGAAUACUCGCGACGAAAGUGCAUUUUUCCUUGGUGAUUGUACCAGUUUUCUAUUUUUAAGCUUUUAUAAACAUCUGUACGAUUAUCUGAAAAUACUCAAGAUGAUAAAUAAAUACAUACAUACUUAA